GAAUAUCAUGGAAUUUAAUAAUAUCGUCAGAAAAAGAAGCUUCAACAUUCGUGAAAUUGUUCAUGUUGUGACGGGAAUGAUUUUUGAUAUGGCGACCCCUGACCUCAUUCCGCCCUCGGCACACGAUGAUUGACAGACUCGUGCGUCCAAUCACAGAGCGGAUAGAGGCAUCGACCAACGAGGACGCGGAGAGGCGGAGGGGGCGGGGCCCACCGCCACAAAAAAAAACAAAACAAAACAAAACAUUUGCGGGGUUACGAAGGGUUGAGGCGGAACCAGAUAUUUACUUUCACAAUAAAAUCACGCGCGCCUGUGUUUCCUUGACUUCAACGUUACUUUGAAAGUUCAAAGCGGACAAGGUCGCCGGCAGGACAAAAUUUGGAGUAUAGGUGCGACGUCCCGCUCCGGGAAAAGUUCAACAUCCACCAAAUCGAGUUUCUCCAGCCAGACUGACUUCCGUCCUCGCGCAAAGAGCCAAAAUGGCGGAAGAAGAAGAGCAGCGCGACAGCCCGGAAAGCACAAACAAAUACUUCACGCUGGACGACAUCAGCAAGCAGAACUCCUUCAAGUCCACUUGGAUCGUCAUCCGCCACAAAGUCUAUGACGUCACAAAAUUCCUCGAAGAGCACCCCGGGGGGGAGGAAGUCCUGCGGGAGCACGCGGGCGGCGACGCCACCGAGUGCUUCGAGGACGUGGGCCACUCCGGCGACGCCCGCAACGUGGCCGCCCAGAUGCUGAUCGGGGAGCUGCACCCGGACGACAGAGAGAAAGUGGCCAAGCCUUCGGAAAGUUUGGCGAAAACUUUGGAGGAGGAGCCGAGCUGCUGGCCCAACUGGUUGGUUCCGGCCGCGGUGGCCGCCGCGGUCACGCUGAUGUAUCGCAUGUACACGGCCGACGGCGAGCCGUGACGUCGUCGCCGCGUACGGCGGCCCGGGUCUCCUCCCGUCGGGCUCUCGAGGUCGGGGGUCGGUCGCGCUUGAAACGGGGCCGGAGGCGUGGCCCGUCUCGGUCGGGUGACCUCGGCGCACAAUGGUGGAAUUCAAACAAAUGAAAUCGUUCCUUUUUUUUUUUCCAAUGAAAAAUCACAAACCGAUUUAGACAACUUGAGAUUUGUAACUUUUACUGAAGGGUACACUGUUAUCCAGUAGAGGGCGCCAUUUCAGUCAAUAAAAGUGAAUGAAACGUGUACAGCGGUGCCCCGACCCGUGACUUUUGUGCAUUUCAGUUCACAUCAAUGAUAAACACAAAUGAUUAAUAUCUACAAAUAAAUUCCAUGAAAGCAAAAGUUGCACUCGAGUCAAGGACCUGCUGCACGGUCCCAAGUUUCGAUUUUCGGGAAAAUGGACAAGCGGUGUCGACCGUGAGCUGGGCUGGCCCGCUUUCGUCACAAAUAUGAAAUGGAUGCAAAUACUACUGAUGUUGACACGUCAAAGCAAAGUCGUCGAACGUGCGUGUUUGCGUGACGUCACAGCCGACGUGGAGUGACGCACGGGGGGGGGGGCGGUGUCAUCAACUGAAGCUGAAGAUGAAUGCAACUUUUCCAUUUUGCAAUAAACAUGUAUGAUCACCAAAUGUGAUGUUUGAAAGAUGUUGACUUUUUUUUUUCCACUGUCAAAAGUUUUUGUGUUUUGUCACUUAAUAUUUUUUUACACUUUUCAAUACCUUGUAACAAGA